CCUGACUACCACACACUUUCGACUCCUCUUGCAAUCGCCGCGCCUUUGACUGUCUCUCUGCGAGAUCAUCAGCCCUUUGUCGGCCGCUGACGACGACGAAGAAGACGAGUAUCAUGGCGCUGAGACUGGCCACUUGCUCGCUCCUGGGCGGGGCAAGACUCGGCAGCUGUGCACAGGCUUCUUCCGCCUUGCGAAGCUCGUGGCAGCUGAGCCGAGCUGCCUCGACAAAGGUUGUUCCAACCACCUGUGUUGUCCCAUCUGCAGGAGCGGUAUCGUCUUUGCUACUUGCGCAUACGAGGCGACCUUUGACUUCGCAGCGGCCUGGCUUGGCUCUCUCCCUCGUGUCCUCCUUCCAUUCGUCAGCAAGGCGAUGCCUGCCUGAGGUCGCCUCGUCAGCGGCAGGUGCUUCGCCUCAGUCCACGACUAGUAAUGCUUCUACCUCUACCGCCUCCUCGUCCUCGUAUGCAUCUUCGGGCCCUCCGCCAUCUUCACCCACGCCACGGAUAGUAGGAUAUCAUUCCCUCUUCCUCGCCUUCCUCGUAUAUGCUAUCAUCCUUGUGGGUGGGCUCACACGUCUCACAGAGUCCGGACUGAGCAUCACCGAAUGGAAUCCGGGAUUGAAGGGCAUGUGGCUGCCUUCGUCUGACGAGGAGUGGGAGGGAGAAUGGGCAAAGUACAGGGAGACGCCUGAGUUCCAGCUAUUGAACGCAAGAAUGUCCCUCGAUGAUUUCAAGACAAUCUACAUGUGGGAAUGGUCUCAUCGUAUCCUUGGCAGGGUCAUCGGACUCGCCUACAUCCUACCUUCCCUGUACUUCAUCGCACGAGGCUACGUCAAGCCGCCUUUCCGCUCCAAGCUCCUCUUGAUCGGUCUCGGUAUUGGAGCGCAGGGAGCCAUGGGCUGGUACAUGGUCAAGAGUGGACUAGCCGCUCCUCAGGGAACAUUAGAGGUCGCUCAAGAUCCCGACGCACAUGCUUCAGGCGCCCUUGCCCCUCCUGUCACCCCGGCUUCCUGGACGCCUCGAGUGAGCCACUUCCGCCUCGCUGCCCAUCUAGGUCUGGCCUUCAUCGUCUACGCAGGAAUGUUACGCACAGGUCUUUCGAUCUUACGAGAAUACAAUGUAGCCAAGAACGUCGGAACCGCUUCCGGCCUCGCCACGGGCCCAGGCGUCCGCGAGCGCCUCAUCUCGAUACUAUCGCGACCUGAGGUGAAGAAAUACAAGAGGUUUGCGGCCGGAGUGACGGCUUUGGUCUUUGUCACUGCAAUGUCUGGCGCCUUGGUAGCCGGUUUGGAUGCAGGACUCGUCUACAAUGAGUUCCCCACGAUGGGUGAUGGAAGAAUUGCGCCUCCCCUUGACGAGAUGUUCGAUGAGCGGUACGGUCGAAGUAACCACGGCAGUAGCGCCAAUGGUGACACUGGUCGGUCGUCCUUUGUGAUUGGCAAUCUCACGCAGAAUCCAGUCACAGUACAGUUCAUCCACCGAUGCCUUGCGGUCACCACCUUCGCACACAUCGUAGCUCUUUCCUGGAAGACCAGGACACUCUCUAGGGCACUGGCCAAGUCCGCCAUCGUCCUACCGCCAGCCAUUCCUCGGCUAGCAACCGCAUCCUUGGCUAUGGCUACCCUCCAAGCAUCGCUCGGCAUCACGACGCUCAUCUACCUGGUGCCCAUUCCGCUCGCAAGUGCUCAUCAGGCAGGAUCCGUCGUGUUGCUCUCACUGAUGCUGGCUCUGUGGGGGACGCUGCGAGUACCGAGCAGUGGAGGUUUGGCGAACAAAGUUCAGCAGGCCUAUUCUGCUGCUCAAGCCGUUCGAGGAGCGUCUCCAAUUGCCGUCUCGGCUUCGAGCGCUGGAGUCAGGGGCAUGGCCACCCUGGCUAGCUGCAGGACGCGAAGUGCAGCCAUUCGCUCACAGAAAGCGGCCGUAGGGCGAUCGCCACAGUUUCAUUCUAUGCGAUCCUUUUCGGCCACCACUCGAGUACGCGGAGAUCUUGCUUCUUUGCCGGACAAGGUCAAGAUUCGAACAGGACCAGCUGGGAGGUGAGGCCAAUCAGUAGGGGAAGGAAGGACGACAGUGGAGAUCGAGAAGAAUAUACGUCGCAUUACAUGUAUUAUUGACACUACACCCUCAAUUGCCACCACUACUUUCAUCAUCAUCAUGCAAUCUCAUUCCCGACGUUCUGCCUACAGACUUGCCAAGGUGCUACCGCCUCGAGAAUCGCAGGACGUGACUACGCGCGUCGGCAGUAGCUACGGAGGCAAUCAUUCCCUCGAGUGGGUCGAGGCGCCUCGGAACAUCUUGAUCAUUACGAAGACGAACGAUGAGAAGACGCAGCAGGCUAUGCAUAAGAUCAUUGAGUG